UUUCGUGGGUGUCUGACUCUGACUCCUUCUUCAAACUCUCUCUAUGUAAAAACCUUAAUCAAUUCACACGAUUUAACUCAAAUUUUGCAUGGUGUUUUGGAAGAGAUGGGUUGUUGUGAGAGCAAAAACGCUGACACCAAGGCAAGUAGAACCGCGCGGUGGCGAUCCACGGGCAUUGUUGCUUUGCGCGAUUCCAAAUUGAAGACAUUUCCGGAUGAAAUUGUUGAUUUAGACAGAUCUGUACGCACUCUUGACUUAACACAUAAUCGAAUAGUUGACAUUCCCGUGGAAAUUAACAAAUUAAUUAAUAUGCAGCGCCUGGUAUUAGCGGACAACCUCAUCGAGAGACUGCCAGUGAAUUUGGGGAAACUCCAAUCUCUAAAACUAAUGAACCUUGAUGGAAAUAGAAUUACGUCCUUGCCUGAUGAAUUGGGCCAGUUAGUAAGGCUUGAACGCUUAUCCAUCUCAGGGAAUUUGUUAACAUCAUUGCCGGCGACUAUUGGCAGUUUGAGAAAUAGUAUGAUACACUGUUUGGUAAUGCAGCUGUUACUUUUAAACGUGUCAAAUAACAAGUUACAGUCUCUUCCAGAAUCUGUUGGGAGUUGCUUCUCUUUGGAAGAAUUACAAGCUAAUGAUAAUCUUAUUGAAGAUCUUCCCUCUUCGGUGUGCAAUCUCUCUCACUUGAAGUCACUUUGCUUAGAUAACAAUAAUGUGAAGCAGAUACCUAUGAAUUUAUUGAAAGAUUGCAAAGCUCUUCAGAACAUAUCACUGCACGGUAAUCCUAUUUCAAUGGAUCAAUUUCAACAGAUGGAUGGGUUUCAAGAGUUUGAAGCAAGGAGGAGAAAGAAGUUUGACAAACAAAUUGAUUCAAAUGUGAUGAUCAGUUCAAAAGGUCUGGAUGAGGGUGUUGAUCUAUGAAAUCGUAUCAGGCUUGUUUAGACCACUUGGGUAUUUUUCAGUUGUACAUUUGGAUGAGCCAUGGAUGUAGCAUGGAAGAUGGGGUAUUUUAUCCAUGCCUUUUAUUUCACAUCUGAAAUUAGUGUAUGGAGAUCCAUGUGUCACAUUGUAUAUGAUUCCUACUUUUUUCUUCCUACAAGUUUACCUUUGCCAUUAUCCAGCGUUCUUCGAAAGAUAUCAUCAUACCGGUUUUGAAGCCAUUUUGUUGAUAAUGAAAGGUGGUAUGUAUCAUGGCAGCUGUAAAAUAAGACAGCUUUUGAUGUAAUGUGGAAGGCACUGUAUUCCUUGCCCCUUAAUUAUCUCAAGUGAAAUAGAAUGCUAAGAAUCCUGUGUUGCUUUGUGUCAUACUCCUACUCUGGUACCUUGUUUGCCUGCAAGUAUGCUGGCUUCAGCAGAAAAAAAGUCACUACUUUGGGUGUAAAUUGUUCGAGACAUUUAA